AUGCAAAAUCUCACGUUAUAUACAACAACCGCAUUCCUCAUCCUAGACUCGGACGGGCAUCGCGUUCUUGCCAAGUACUACCGACCAAAAUCGUCUCCGUAUGGAGAACUGAAGGGGCUUAAUACCGUCAAAGAGCAGAAAGCUUUUGAGAAGGGCCUUUGGGAGAAGACUAAGAAAGCCGGAGGUGACGUUAUACUCUACGACGGCCGUUUAGCGGUUUACAAACACUCUCCAGACUUGAUAUUCUACAUCAUUGGGAACGCAGACGAGAAUGAACUCAUGCUCUCACUCGCUCUCAACUCAUUCUACGAUGCCCUCUCCGUACUUCUACGCAAUCAGAUCGAGAAACGGGCUGUGUUAGAGAAUUACGACCUUGUCAUGCUCUGCCUGGACGAGACUGUUGAUGACGGUGUUAUCGUCGAAACGGACUCGACAACAAUCGCUUCACGCGUCAGCCGGCCAAGGGCAGAUCCGACGGACAUCGUGAUCAACGAGCAGACGCUGAUGAAUGCGUAUCAAACGGUCAAGGAGAAGAUGCAGCAGAGAAUACAGCAAUUAUAGUGCGACGACGGC